UACAAUGGCUUCACAGUGACCUUUGAAGUACCAAGCGUAAUCCGGGUAUAAUAGUGGCGUUGUUUCCAAAUCACUUGAAAAGCAUUGGGGGGAGUUUAUGGAAGAGAACGGUUUGGUGAAAAGUUGUCGAUACUGUAUUGUACUUUUUUCACCUCGAUUGGUAAGAGCGCAACUGCAAAACAUUUCUCGUGUGGUGCUUUCUUGUUCUCUCAACAGUGUUCUUUGUUAAGAAAAGUAAGUUAAGUAAGUAUUGUCGACGUUUUGAGUUAGAUGUGUGAUUGUGUACACGGACCAGUAAUCACACAUUGAUGCCCCGCCUCUUCUGCUGGAGCUGCUCUUCGACAACGAGCCAAAACACCAGCGUAUUCCGAGUCAUUCUGGCAGCAAACACAGAGGAUAGAGGAUCUCUGGAGAGUGAAAAUUUAAAAGAAAGAGCACAAGAUCAACUAUAAAUUUCUUGGACUUUCCGUUAAGGAGUAAAGAAACUGGACCUUUGAUUUUUUUUUUGUUUGUUUGUUUCUGUGUGCAUGAGUGUAAGUAAAAACUGAGAUUGAUCAGGAAGUGGACCCUCACAUCACCCCUUCUUUCCACAGCACCAUGGACAUUCUCGGACACAAGAAGUUAAUUUCACCGAAUUAUUUGCAAGGAUUUCUGUUUGUAUUUUUUUGUGAGUGAUAUUUGGAUAGAAAAACAAUGGUUGAACCAGUUGGCUUUGUGGAGGCUUGGAGAGCCCAAUUUCCUAAUACUAAUCCGCCAUGCAUGAAGCUGCACUCUAUGGGAGAUAUUGAAGAGGAGCUGGACAAAUGCAAGACAUCCAUCAAACACUUGGAAAAGGAAGUAAACAAAGAACGCUUUAGGAUGAUCUACCUACAGACCCUUCUUGCCAAAGAAAGGAAGUCAUAUGAUGGCCAGCGAUGGGGGUUUAAAAGGAUUUCUCAGGCAAGUGAUGGAACUUUUCUCAGUGGUCCAGACAGCCAGAUAUCUCAUAAUGAGCAAGUAUCAGUAGUGCAGCCACAGGCAGCACCUGGCAAGACAGAAAAGUGGACAUCACAUUCAGAGGGUGAGGUUGAGGCUGCCAAAGAGAAGGGCGGGGAGGCACCUGUCAGCCAUGAGUCUGACAUUUCCGAAUUCCCAGUGGGACCGGGUUCAGUUGCAGCUCUGAGAUCCAACUUCGAGCGCAUCAGGAGAGCCAACUCAAACACAGCUGCAGAAGGCAGAGGGUUGUCAGUGACGGGAGGACCAGACAAGCCCUUCUAUGUGAACAUGGAGUACCAUUACGAGCGAGGACUGGUCAAAGUUAACAACAAGGCGGUGUCAGACAAGAUCAGCACGCUUGGCUGUCAGGCCAUGCAGAUGGAACGCAAGAGGUCUCUUUAUUCCGUCCCAGAAAAACUAUCAGCCGCCUCAGGAGACAUAAACAAGUGUGUUCAGCGAGGCCGAUCCGCUGAGGGGAACUGCAGUCAUAAUGGGUCAUAUGACCAACCGGAGGUCACCCAUCACUUCCUGAAAGACGGUGCAAUCCAUUCUACAGAAGGAAAACCCGAGACACAGCCAGCUGAGUGUCAACCAUACACCAGCGUGUAUGUCGGGGGAAUGAUGACUGAGGGGGACACGCGAGUGAUCCACAUUAGAGACCAUAGCAUAGAGGAGAACACGCAUCAAACAUGGCCUCGGCGCUCCUGUUCUCCUGGCAGCUUUGAUGAUGAUGGAGGAGGUGGGGAAUACACCCCAGACUGCAGCUCCAAUGAAAACUUGACAUCCAGCGAAGAGGACUUCUCCUCGGGCCAGUCCAGUCAUGUUUCCCCCAGUCCCACAACCUAUCAGAUGUUCAUGGACAAAAGUCGCUCUCCUUCCCAGCAGUCGUUUGAGAGCAGCAGCCCACCCGUACCCAUCUCCCAAACGCAUCUGAAGCAGCAGGUGGAGGUUACUGAGCAGGUCAGAGUACAUAAAGCAGGCCAACCUUGGCCCAGUGAUGGGGAGUCCACCACAUCCAGCAGGACUUCCCAUGACAACAGUGUUCAAGGCGAUCUGGACAACGAGAGCCCUGCAUCAUUUAGUUACGACCCGGACCAGUCAGAAGAGCAAACUUCUCACGAUGCUCUGUCCCUCAGCGGCUCUGCUCCCUCAUCUCCUCAGCUCCGCUCUAAAAGUCGAUGCUGCAGCCGAGACACACAAUCAUCCGGUUCCUUGGAGUCUACGCUGUCGGUCGAGCUGGAUCAGGAAAAAGGAGUGGAGAUGAGGAAGUGGGUUCUGUCCGGAAUCCUGGCCAGUGAGGAGACCUACCUCAGCCACCUAGAAGCACUUUUGAUUCCCAUGAAGCCUCUCAGGGCAGCAGCCACAACAUCGCAACCAAUGCUGACCAUCCAGCAGAUCGAGACGAUUUUCUUUAAAGUGCCCGAGCUCCAUGAGAUCCAUAAAGACUUCUACGACGCUCUGCUUCCUCGUGUUCAAGACUGGAGUUACCAGCAGUGUGUGGGAGACCUCUUCCAGAGACUGGCCAGCCAGCUUGGAGUGUACCGGGCCUUUGUGGAUAACUAUAAGGUUGCUGUGGCGACAGCAGACAAGUGCUGCCAGGCAAACACACAGUUUGCACAGAUAUCUGAGAACCUCAAGGUCAGAGGCACAAAGGACAGCAAAGACCAGUCAGGAAAGAAAUCCCUGGAAACCCUUCUCUACAAGCCCGUAGACCGGGUGACACGCAGCACACUGGUUCUGCAUGAUUUACUGAAGCACACCCCCUCCAGCCACCCUGACUAUCCACUGCUACAGGAUGCCCUGCGCAUCUCACAGAACUUUCUGUCCAGCAUUAAUGAAGAAAUCACCCCUCGUAGACACUCAAUGACAGUAAAGAAGGGAGAGAAUCGUCAGCUUCUGAGGGACCGCUUCAUGGUGGAGCUGGUUGAAGGGUCCAGGAAACUCCGUCAUGUCUUCCUCUUCACUGACCUGCUGCUCUGUACCAAGCUGAAGAAACAGGCUGCAGGGAAAGGACAACAGUAUGACUGCAAGUGGUACAUUCCUCUCGCCGACCUGACCUUUCAGACAAUUGAGGACUGCGAGUCGACCCCUAUCCCUUUAGUCCAGGAUGAGGAAAUUGAUGCCAUGAAGAUCAAACUGUCCCAGAUUAAGAAUGAGAUCCACAGAGAAAAGAGAGCCAUCAAAGGACCCAAGGCGAUGGAGCGUCUGAAGAAGAGGUUAUCAGAGCAGGAGUCUCUGCUUCUCCUCAUGUCACCCAACAUGGCUUUCAGAGUGGCUAACAGGAAUGGCAAGGGUUUCACAUUUCUGAUCUCAUCCGACUACGAACGUGCUGAGUGGAGGGAGAUCAUUCGCGAGCAGCAAAAGAAAUGUUUCAAGAGCUUCUCUCUGACAUCUCUCGAGCUGCAGAUGCUUACUAACUCAUGUGUGAAACUCCAGACUGUCCACAAUAUUCCAGUGACCAUGAACAAAGAUGAUGACGAAUCCCCGGGUUUGUACGGCUUUUUAAACGUCAUUGUACACUCUGCAUCCGGUCUCAAACAAACCUUGAACCUUUACUGCUCUCUUGAGGUGGAUUCCUUUGGUUAUUUUGUCAACAAAGCCAAAACGCGCGUGUACAGGGACUCGACUGAGCCCAGCUGGAAUGAGGAGUUUGAGAUUGAGCUGGAGGGUUCCCAGACGCUAAGGCUGCUCUGCUAUGAGAAGUCUUACAGCAAGCCCAAGCACAGCAAAGACGAUGGAGAGAUGACGGACAAGAUUAUGGUCAAAGGACAAAUAAAGUUGGAUCCCCAGAACUUGCAAAACAAAGACUGGCAGCGGACUGUCAUUGCUAUGAAUGGGGUUGAGGUCAAGCUUUCGAUGAAGUUCACCAGCAGAGAGUUCAGUCUCAAGCGCAUGCCUUCACGCAAACAGUCUGGUGUGUUUGGGGUGAAAAUUCAUGUUGUAACAAAACGGGAGCGCUCCAAGGUUCCCCUCAUUGUGAGACAGUGUGUUGAAGAGAUCGAGCGACGAGGGAUGGAGGAAGUGGGCAUCUACAGGGUGUCUGGCGUUGCAACUGACAUCCAAGCUCUUAAGGGUGCCUUUGAUUUGAACAACAAAGAUGUGUCGGUGAUGAUGCGGGACAUGGACGUGAACGCCAUCGCCGGUACACUGAAGUUGUAUUUCCGCGAGUUACCUGAGCCUCUUUUCACUGAUGAGCUGUACCCCAACUUUUCUGGAGGCAUCGCACUUUCUGACAGUGUGGCAAAGGAGAGCUGCAUGCUCAACCUGCUGCUCUCUCUACCAGAACCCAAUCUGGUCACCUUUCUCUUUCUACUCGACCACCUGAAAAGGGUGGCUGAAAAUGAGAGCUGUAACAAGAUGUCUCUGCACAAUCUGGCCACCGUUUUUGGACCCACUUUGCUUCGACCGUCCGAGAAAGACAGCAAAAUCACCAUUAACAGUUCACAGCCGAUCUCCAUGAAUGACAGCUGGUCUCUGGAGGUCAUGACGCAGGUGCAAGUUCUACUCUACUUUCUUCAGCUGGAGGGCAUUCCAACACCUGACAGUAAACGACAAAGCCUUCUCUUCUCGAAUGAAUUAUAAUAAGAUUUUUUUACAUGCUAAACACAAGUCUUCAGAACAAGGAAUGGAUGUUGCACAAUAACGCCACUAGAUGGAGCAAUCACCUCAUCAGUCAUCAAGAGCUUGGAUGUGGAUGAGCGUUGACGUGGUUUAUCACCCCCCCCCCUCCCGCCCCUGAUAUAUGCACAAAUUGUAUCUUGAUGAAUUGUAUAUUUUAUAACACUUUUUCUAACUUAAUGACUUUUUCUUAACGCCAUGAUUUUCUGCCUGUCAUCACGUACAAUAGUGGUGAGUCCACGGAGAGUGAAUUUGUCAUUUGCUUGAAGGAUUUGUCACCGGUGACCGUGGAUUGGUGGAAUAGAAACGGAUUGAGGUUUUCAUACCUACUCCUCGGCUUGUGCCACGGGUUCACUUUGCAUUCACACAGAGAUGCAAAUUUGUAGUUCGCAUCCAACAUGCAGGCAUGUUGUACUUGAAAUAAAUUGGAAGGCUCUACUUUUAUGUGUAAAACCUCAGCAAUAUGUAAUGAUGAUAUCCACACAUUCUCUUGUCAAAAUGUUUUAGUUCAUGGUUUCACUAGAUGUCGGCAUUUUUUUAAAGUUCCUUGAGUCGGUUCUUCGUAUUUUGCUCCUUCUGUUCUUGUUAGUCGCCAUGGAUUUGAUUUAUGUAACUUGAGUUGCUGUGUUGGUGUUUCUACUUGCAUUCCUUCUUCAAUAUUCUCCCUUUGAAUUGCUGUCAUUUUGAGAGCAAUUUCAUGGGUCCCUUUAACUGACUCCUAUUCAACACUCCAGUGGUGUUAACAGGGUUAUCACCCCUUGCAGUAUUAAUUUUGAAGGUGUGUAGGAAUACACAAUGUGCUUGAAUUAGGAGUUACUUUCCAAAUCAUUGCAAGAAUUGAAACACUUGUCGGCACAAACUGAAACACUUUACUCUUGUGAUUUGUGUGUAAUACACAAUUGCUUCUAGUAAACACUGACCAAAUGUGUUUGUAUGAUUUCUCGAAAUAAAGAUUUACUUGACGACCUCA